CUGUCCUGAGCAUUCCAAAAUUCAGGAAGACAAGACACAUUCAUGGCACCAUAUUGGUUCCAGGGCCUAUACCCAAUACAUAAGACUAGUAACAUCAUGGCAGUACUCUUCUCCACUGUGUUGGAGGAAGGGACUGAUUAGGACAGUGGCUUUCAUCUCGGGAGGUGAAAAGGCUUUGACUGGCCUUGGAAAACGCAGCUACAAGUGGUGUGUUCGCAUGUGGCACAGAACUAACAGCUAUUCCCACAGGAAGUGCCUUCUCUUAGCAGCCAAGACAAGCUUCAGUGGUGAUAUGAUUAUUGCACUUGAUUAGGUUUUAUCCUUGCUACUGCCUUGUCUUAGCUGUUGUUGGGAGAAGGCAGUCUGAAUACAGUUACAAUGUGCUGCAAGCAACAUGUGAAACAGCAACUGCCAAGUUUCUGUGGCCAGAUAGCAGUGGUGCUGGUCAAGAGUUGCAGAUGAAAUACAGCCUUCCCUACAAUUCAGUUAUCUCCAGCUUCUACACUAUAGGGCCUUUUUAACAUCCCUACCUAUGGUCUGAAGUGGUACAGUCCAUAAUUCCACUACCUCGCUGUGUUUAAUAUGUAGAAUGUCUCUAAGCCACGGGCCAGGAUUUGAUGAGAACCAUGGCCAUGAUGCAUUUCUAAAUAUCCCGUCCGAAAACUAAAGGGAGACAGCAGAAGCUUUGCUCUAGCUGGAUCCUGUUUACAUUACUGCAACUGGCCAGACCUAAAUGGUUAACCAAGGAUUUCUCUUCAUGGGAAGGAGAGUUGUGAACGGAGAGGCAUUCUGCAUUCCCCAAAAAAAGCGCAUUGCCAAAAGAAGCAGCUUACAUCAUGGGUCGCUGUAGCGUUCCCACACAUUUUGCUCCUAAUUACUGUCCUGCUGGACAGCUGAGCUGUUUCAAACAGGAAGCUGUUUAUAGAUAACGCUUGCAACUGUUGGGUCUGAUUUGCUGGAUGCCGAAGAGCAGGAGACGAGUUCGCUUCAAAUUAAAAACUAUCAGGCUUUUGUAAAUAGUAGCAAUGAGGUUCAUCUGCGCAGUGUCCCUCCAGGCAGAGGUUGUGCUACGGUGCCUGUUUUCUCAGCAACUGUAAGGAGUAAGGGACAAGCUCAUUAUGAAGAGUGAUCUGGUUUUCUUUGUCUCUGUAAUUAGCCUUGCCUUCCUGUCUCUGCCAACAUCUGGAUAUGCUCAGCAUAUUGCAGAAGAAUCCUGCUCUGUUCAGAUUCUGGUUCCAGGCCUAAAAGGGGAUGCUGGAGAAAAGGGGGAGAAAGGUGCCCCAGGCCGCCCAGGAAGAGUUGGACCUCCAGGAGAAAAAGGAGAAACAGGGGACAAAGGACAGAAGGGAAGCAUAGGGAGACAUGGAAAAAUUGGCCCCAUUGGUUCAAAAGGAGAAAAAGGAGAUAAUGGGGAUGCAGGACCACCUGGUCCUAAUGGAGAUCCAGGCAUUCCUUGCGAAUGUGGCCAGCUACGAACAGCCAUUGGUAAAAUGGAUAACCAAGUGACCUUGCUGACGACUGAGUUGAAGUUCAUUAAAAAAGCACUGCCCUCCCCCGCAGCUGUUGCUGGUGUGCGUGAGACAGAUAAUAAGACUUACUUGCUGGUGAAAGAAGAGAAGAGGUACAUGGACGCCCAGCUCUACUGCCAAGGAAGGGGAGGAACGCUGAGCAUGCCCAAGGAUGAAAACACCAAUAGCCUAAUUGCUGCUUACAUCAAUCAAGCUGGCCUCAGCCGAGUUUUCAUUGGCAUUAACGACCUAGAGAAAGAGGGCCAUUUUGUUUACUCCGACCGGUCCCCAAUGCAGACCUUCAACAAAUGGAGCAACGGAGAGCCAAAUAAUGCUUAUGAUGAGGAGGACUGUGUAGAAAUGAUUGCCUCUGGAGGAUGGAAUGAUGUCGCCUGUCAUAUUACAAUGAAUUUUGUUUGUGAAUUCGACAAAGAAAAUGUGUAGAAAUAUAAUUCCUGCCCCCCACUCCCGGCUCAUUUUUUGAAUCAAGCUUUGUGUACAGGUUAGGCUGUGUAUCUGCACUAUCGGUUUUUUAAUGUACCGGAAUAAGCUGGUGCAGUCCACAAAUCCUGAACUGCUAUCUGUUUAUGGGUGGUUUUUGUGUGUGUGUGUGUGUUUGCACAUAACACUAAGCUAUGGUUGGUUUUAACCAUGAUUUAUUUAAUAAGCCAUGGGUUGUCUCAGUUUCUUUUGUUUCUCCAAAGCUUGGCUUGUUCCCCAGCCACUCCUGCCUUGUGAUUUGUAGCCUGAUGAGCAUUUGGGGUGGGGUGCCCAAGCAAGCCAUGCUUAAGCAAGGUUUUCACAUAAAGCAAACCAUAGUUAAAUGAGUCGUGGGUUCACAAGCAUAUCAUGUUUGUUGGCAGAAAAUAAACCAGGGUUUAUUUGCUGGGUUGGGUUCACCCGUUCAAACAAAUUUAUUUAGGCUAAACAAAUCAUGGUUUAGCAGUAUGUGCAAAUCAGCCUUUUCUUUGAAAGUUAGUACCUUGUUGAUGAGGUACUAAUCUUUCAACAAGCUUCAUAUUAGUCUGGACAAAUAUCCCAGAACACCCUCACCUCUGCCAGCGUUUCAAAGUUGUUCUAUCACCCAAAAAAGCAACAUGACAUUUUUAUGUGUUUAGUUCAGGUUAUGUGGAUAUCCAUCCUGCAAAAAAUCCUCAUAUCUGGUCUGUGUGUGUGUGUGUGUGUGUGUGUGUGUGAGAGAGAGAGAGAGAGAGAGAUCAGAUAUGAGGAUUUUUUGCAGGAUGAAUAUCCACAUAACCUGAACUAAACACAUAAAAAUGUCUCUGUGUGAGAGAGAAAGAGAGAGAGAGAGAGAGAGAGAGAGAGAGAGAGAGAGAGAUGCAUACACAUUCCAAGAUUAAGCCAUGGCGUAUGUCAAGUUUCCCAUUCCAUUUGUGUGUGUGUGUGUGUGUGUGUGUGUGUGUGUAUUCAUAGCAUGGGUUUUCUUCACUCAUAUUCAGCACAGCUUUUUCUUUCUUUCUUUCUUUUAAGCCCUGUUUCAUGUAUUAUCUUUGCAGUGCUCCCUCCCUUCUGUCAUGCAGGUGACCUCAUGUACGAAGUGGAAAUUCACAGCACAUGCUUCUUUUUCUUCCACAAAAAAGGAAUUCCAAUACAGUUUGCUUGUUUUAGCCAUAAGGAUAGCUACUUUGUGGAAGGAAUAGGGGCGUGCCCACUUCUAUACCAUGCAAUCCCUCCAAGCGCAAACUUUCACUGAAAUACACUUCUUCAGUGUAUCUGAAGAAGUGUGCAUGCACACGAAAGCUCAUACCAAGAACUAACUUAGUUGGUCUUUAAGGUGCUACUGGAAGGAAUUUUUUUUGUUUUGACUAUGGCAGACCAACACGGCUACCUAUCUGUAACUUUCACUGAAAUAAUGAGACUCAUUCAUUUUAACUGGGCUGGCACAGGAAAUCUUCCUAACAGAUUAAAGAACAGCACAUCAUCCUGGAUAGUAGUAGGCACAUGUGAACAUGAAAUAUGUUAAGAAUAGGACACAGGAAUUAAUGAAGGACAAACUUCAACAUUAAGAUCUAUAACACAGGGUGCUUGUGCCAAUCAACUCCAAGACCUAUCCUAGUUACUUUUGUUGAUAAAGUAUUAUAGUGGUAUUUUUAGAAGUAUAUUAUAUUAGUAUUGUACAGCUGUAAAUAUAAUCUAGGUAUUUCAAAUAUCAAUAUUCACCCUUCAGAAGGGAAGAGCAGAGUCAACAGAGACAUGGUUUAAAGAAAUUUGACUGUAAUCCAACACAGGAUUAAGCAUAGUUAAACCUCUUGAAAUCGUUGGACUUAAACUCAGUUCUGCACAAGAUCCCUAGGCAGAAAAUAUCCAUCAAAUCGCUUGUUGAGAUUAAUGGAGAUCUACAACGAAAGUGGAAGGUAUAAAUGUAGAUUUUAGGAAGAUAUUUUUGAAAACCUAUAGCCACCAUUUCUAUCUUUUAAAAAGCCUACCCUUCUAUUGCUCACAUUAAGUCCUGUGCUGGUUCAUAAUGAUAAAAUGUAAACUUUAUCUUUUAUCACUUUCUGAAUCCUAAUGAACUAGUUCCUUAGCUCUUCCAUUACACAGUUGCUAAAGUGGGAAUACAGCACUGAUGUAAACCAGUUCAACUCUUUAGGUAGUGUUUAAUAGAUUAUAAAUUGAGUAUUGCAAAAUUAUUUACAGAAAACACGAAUAUUACAUUUUCCUUAUGUACCCUUUGGCACAGAGUGGAUCUGAGCAUUGUGGCUUGGUGGCCAGAAUAAUUUAGCAAAGUUAAUCAAGUCCCAGCCUGUUGCAGUUUAAAGCAAUCUCAGUAGCCAUAAUGCUACUCUGAAUUACACAUGAAUCAGGUUGUUCCAUUAAAUCAUGAGUGCAUUUUGCACAGAACUGCACCCUAGAUAGCUGCCAUGACUGUGUUUAGACAUUUGCAUGCUAUUACUGUUUUCUUAAAAAUAAUAAUAAUUAUCCAAGCAGGUCUUUGUAAGUUGUCAUGCAACUCACGAAAACUUUUAAGUUAUUCAUAUUCUGAAAGAUGCUUUAAAAUCAUUUGCCCAUCCUUCCGUUUGUCACUGUAGGCACAUAGCUAAAUGAAUGCUAAGAUUUUGUGGGAGUAAGUUGACUCUACAGACUUAAUGAAUGUUAUCCAUUUACAACAGAGGAUGCAGCUGGUUGCACCUGACGUUUGGCCCUUCAUGAAGUUCUAUAGUUUUAAUUAUUAUUACUGAGGCCUUAAUCCCAUGAUAGAGUCAAUCCAAUUGAAUUUCUUCUAGCCUGGUUGCAAAUCAAGGGAGGUAGCACAUGAAACAGUUGAAGUUAAAAUUAAAUUUGCAUUUUAUUUCCCAGUUCAUCUGCACAAACAAAUCCACCUGAAGCCAGAUACAAAUCCCAGCACUCAAGCAAUGGGUAUUAAUUCAGCUGGCUUCUCAAGAUUGCUGGCGUUGGAAUUAAACUGAGAAGUUCAUUAAUAAUGGGUGAACUACAAGACUGAGUCCAGUACAUGAACAAGAGUUAAAAUUGGUUUACCAUCUCUAUUUGACUUUAGGAACAAGAUUUAUGCUGUUGUUCCCCACAGAGAUAGUCAUUGGUUUAAAACAGGCAUCCCCAACCUUCGGCCCUCCAGAUGUUUUGGACUACAUUCCCAUCAUCCCUGACCACUGGUCCUGUUAACUAGGGAUCAUGGGAAUUGUAGGCCAAAACAUCUGGAGGGCCACAGGUUGGGGGUGCCUGGUUUAAAACUUUACAGAAGCAUAGGACAGCUGUUCACUUAACAAAUCUAUAUUGCCAAUCCUGCCUAUGCAUAAACAACUGCAUUCACUUAUUUAAUAGAUAUAAAAAUGUGGCUAUUUGUUAUGACUAGUUCACUUCUGCAUUAGGCUUGCAUUGCUAUGCUGGUAGAGUGCUUUCUAAAUCUGUUCCCCCUUGUUGGGAUGUUGUAACUUCUGUGCAGCACAGAGCUAUUCCAGAAUUUGCUAGCGGACCAUCCAUCACUAAGUCACUUAUGAUUCAAGCCCUUUUCCCUUUCUCGUUGAGGUUUGUAGCAUUUCAAGUAGGGGUAAAUAAUCUUUCCCCAUCCAGACAUUGUUGGAUUUCACUCCCAUCACUCCCAGCCAGCAGGAAUGAUGGGAUUUGCAGCCCAACACCAUUUUGGAGGGCCACAAGUUCCCCAUCCCUGGUUUAAAGCUCUCUGCUGCUUUGCUCAUUAGAAAUAACUUGGAUAGAAAAAUGAAUGUGGGGGCAUGCAUAAAAUAGUGAAUACUGGCCCAUGUGAUAACUUGGAAUAACUGCAGUCUUAUGCAUAGUUGGUAGUGUAUUCUGCUGAAGAAAGCAGGAGUUCCUUCUAAGGCAAUACACAGGGGAUCAGACUGUAAACCUAAUCUUGCCAAUGUUGAUUCAAUAGGAUUUCUAUGUAAGCAAAAACAACAGGGUUGGGUGUAUAAUAGGUUUCCUGACUCUGUAACAUCCCAGAGACUAUGACAAAAACAAGAGUGGAUUAUCUGUAACUUGAUACUGACCCAUUGAUUUAGUUCCCAACAUUUAAAGCUUUGAGGGUAUACGUUUUCUGUUGCGUUCUUCAAUAUUUAUGUUUAAUCUAGCGAUAAGCUUCCUGGUAGCACACAAAUGCAAGUACGUAACUAAUUUAUAGCGACUGGAUUGAUAAAGGAUUUUUUGUUUGUAGCAAUUUUGCUCUCAAAAAUAAAAGUAUGCCAAGCAUUUGAAA